AUGUCUGUGGAAUCAAGUGUUGGUUCUGGUGAUCGUGGUGUACAUAAUUUUCAAGGAGUGCCCACUCAUGGUGGAACAUAUGUGAAAUACAGUUUGUAUGGGAAUCUAUUCGAAGUUUCUAGAAAGUAUGUUCCCAUAAGGCCCGUGGGUCGUGGAGCUUAUGGCCUUGUUUGUGCUGCUGUAAACUCAGAGACACGUGAGGAAGUUGCCAUUAAAAAGAUUGGUAAUGCAUUUGACAAUAGGAUAGAUGCCAAGAGAACGCUAAGGGAAAUAAAACUUCUGUGCCACAUGGAUCACGAUAAUGUGAUUGCAAUUAAAGACAUUAUCCGGCCUCCGCAAAAGGAGAACUUUAACGAUGUCUACAUAGUUUCUGAACUAAUGGACACUGAUCUUCAUCAGAUUAUCCGGUCCAACCAACCAUUGACUGCUGAUCAUUGUCAGUACUUCCUUUACCAACUCUUGCGAGGACUUAAAUAUGUUCAUUCAGCAAAUGUCUUACACCGUGAUCUAAAACCAAGCAAUCUACUUCUCAAUGCAAAUUGUGAUUUAAAAAUUGGAGAUUUUGGGCUUGCAAGGACAACAUCAGAGACUGAUUUCAUGACUGAGUACGUUGUUACUCGCUGGUAUAGGGCACCUGAAUUGCUUCUUAAUUGUUCAGAAUAUACCGCAGCGAUUGACAUUUGGUCGGUAGGUUGCAUACUCGGUGAAAUCAUGACAAGAAAACCACUGUUUCCCGGCAGAGAUUAUGUUCAUCAAUUGAGACUUAUCACAGAGCUCAUAGGUUCACCUGAUGAUGCCAGUCUCGGUUUUCUUAGGAGUGAUAAUGCCCGAAGAUAUGUUAGGCAGCUUCCGCAGUAUCCAAGGCAACCCUUCUCUGCUAAAUUUCCUAACACCGACCCUGGAGUGUUGGAUUUACUUGAGAAAAUGCUCGUCUUUGACCCAUGCAGGCGCAUUACUGUCGACGAGGCUCUCUGCCACCCAUACUUGGCUCCUCUUCAUAAUAUCAACGAAGAGCCGGUUUGCCCUAUGCCUUUUGUUUUUGAUUUUGAGCAGCCGUCAUUCACCGAAGAGAAUAUCAAGGAACUCAUCUGGAGGGAAUCUGUAAAAUUCAACCCCAACCCGACUCAUUGA